AUGACAAAAGGGAAUGGUCGCCUGGGAGACCAAAUGCUGUGUCUGAGUUCGGAGAAGAAGAUGAAGAAGGAGAAGAUGGAGAGGAAGGGGGAGAUGAAGAAGGAGAAGAAGAUUGAGAAGAAGAAGGAGAUGAAGAAGGAGAAGAACAUGGAGAAGGAGGAGAUGAAGAAGGAGAAGAAGAUUGAGAAGAAGAAGGAGAUCAAGAAGGAGAAGAACAUGGAGAAGAAGGAGAUGAAGAAGGAGAAGAAGAUUGAGAAGAAGAAGGAGAUCAAGAAGGAGAAGAACAUGGAGAAGAAGGAGGAGAUGAAGAAGGAGAAGAAGAAGAUUGAGGAGAUGAAGAAGGAGAAGAACAUGGAGAAGGAGGAGAUGAAGAAGAUUGAGAAGAAGAAGGAGAUCAAGAAGGAGAAGAAGGAGGAGAUGAAGAAGGAGAAGAAGAUUGAGAAGAAGGAGAUGAAGAAGGAGAAGAACAUG